UUCCGACACGAAUUCCAUCCUCUCGUCCACCCUGUACCUUCCACUCCAUCACCUCGACAACAUCGCCACACCUCCUCAACCAUGGACACCCUCGUGGCUCAAUACAGCCAACCAUCACACACCGAGGACCUGGACGACACCGAACAGAUCAACACCGACCUCGCACCGCCACUCUCCCUGAAGUUCGCCCUCCCUCCAAUCGCCUCAUCGCAAUCAUGGCUGCGCGCAAUGACCGAUGAUGCCUCGAACCCAAAUUGCCCUAUCAAGAUCGCCCACGGAACCACCACACUCGCCUUCCGCUUCAAGGGCGGCAUCAUCGUCGCCACAGAUUCUCGAGCAACAGCAGGAAACUGGAUUGCAAGUCAGACGGUGAAGAAGGUCAUCGAGAUCAACAGCUGUCUGUUGGGUACCAUGGCCGGAGGAGCAGCUGAUUGCCAAUACUGGCUCGCAUACCUCGGUAUGCAAUGUCGUCUCCACGAACUCCGCCACAAGCGCCGCAUUUCCGUCGCCGCCGCAUCCAAAAUCCUCGCCAACCUCGUCUACAGCUACAAGGGCAUGGGCCUCAGCAUGGGCACCAUGUGCGCGGGCGUGACACCAUCAGAGGGACCAGCGCUCUACUACAUCGACAGCGACGGCACACGGUUGGCGGGCAACUUGUUCUGUGUUGGGUCCGGUCAGACAUUCGCGUACGGCGUGCUCGACGCGGAGUACAGCUACGAUUUGGAGGACGAUGCGGCGUUGGAGUUGGGUCGACGAAGUAUCCUGGCGGCUACGCACAGAGACGCGUACUCGGGAGGUUUCAUCAACCUAUACCACGUGAAGGAGGAUGGAUGGGUCAAGCACGGAUUCAGCGACACCAACCCGAUCUUCUGGAAGACGAAGCUGGAGAAGGGCGAAUUUUCGAACGUCACGGCGAACUUGGAUUAGACGGACGCGCGGACAGAUGCUGUGAGUUUAUCGUCGGCGAGCGAAGCAGUGAAGCGAGGCCAAAGCGAAGUGGGUGCGUAACUGUUCUCAUGCUCCACGGAGGGUUUGUAAAGUAGCUUCGGCAGAAUGACUCCAUCACAGGACCUGAAUCGAAGGUCUCA